AGGGUUUAAAUAUUGGUUGUAAAACAUCUAGACUAAAAUGUGUGUCAGUGGCACUUUGUAAAUGGUUAAUAUUUGGUCUUUAAACCAUCUAUAAACAUCAGUUAGAUGGUUAUUGUAAAGUUAGUGUUAGAUUUUUAAAAUGGUCAUAUUUACAAUUGAUUAAUGGUCUAUAUGCUAUUUAUAAAUGAUGAAUAAACAAUAAUAAACAAUCUGCUUACCAUUUAUAAAUGGUCUAUUUACCAUUUUAAGUCAUGGUUAUUGUAAAGUGUUACCAGUAUCUUCAGGUAUCUGUAAGAUGUUGAACUUGACAAGUCUGUUGUUUUUUUGCUCUUGGAAAGUAUCGUUUCAAUAUGGAGAGAAGCGGUCGUAAAGCUACUACAGUGUGCAGACGCGGACCCUCCUACGCCUCCUGUCCCCCUCUCCGCCGCUCAUUGGUCCAUUCAGCCUCUUCAGCACCACGCAGCUGAACAGCGACAUUCAGCCAUGCAGCCUUCAUCAGAUGAGGAUGCCCAGCGGCGUAAACGCUGCCCUACAGGGCUACUGUGACACUGUUUAUCAGAUGUGUUUUUCAGCCUUAAUACCAUUGUUUCAUUUGUAUAUACUAGACGCUGACAGCCGAUUUGUUUGCAACCCAUUUUCUCCUUCGUCUUUAUCGAGAAAGCGCCGCCUGUGUCGUUUAAGCCCCGAGGAGGAAGCUGUUUUUCCGGUCACAGAUGCUCCGGUGUUUGGUUCGUUUCACCGGCUUUCUCCCCCGACGAGUCGACAGGUAUGACGGACAGUAACGCCGCCGCUCCACCGGUCACAGGCAGCAGCAGCAGCAGCAACAGCAGCAGCAGCGUCUCAUGUACAACAGUGCGGCAACGACGAGCCUCAACGCCCGACCACCGGGUCCCCCUGCCGGCGCCCCGGUCACCGCCGGUCCCCCGACGCCUCGUAUGACAUGACAGCUCGAGGAAGGAAAAAGAGGAUCAAAGGUUACGGGCUGGGGUCCGAGAGGGGGGGUACGAAGAUACAAUCACAUCUAAGAUUCAUGUGGUACUUUCUAAUCUUUGCAAGCUGAGGGCAGAGCGGAGGGUAAGUCCGAGACCAGCACCCCUGGAGUUGGUGUUCGUGUCAGCGGGGAACCCAGGGGGAUCGAACCCUUAUCCUUGUUCCAGAGGACCCACCUGUCCCCCUUACAGCCGUACAGCGUAUCAAAUUCGGGCCUACAGAGUGGCAACCUCCGCCUUUGCCUUACAGUUUCCUCUAAUGCACGGCCUCAUAGUUCUGGUUCUGGUCCAGUCCCGGUCUGCAGCGCUGCUCCACAGGCCUGUCAGGCUCACUUGGCUGCUCCUGACCAUCACCUUCACCUGCACCGCCAUGGGCUGCAUCCAGAGCAUAGCCUGUAACAAGUCCCGGAUCAAAAGAGAGAACAUCGUGGUGUACGACCUGUCCGCCACGAUAGACCACUGCCCCACUGUCAUCGAGGAGAACUCGCCGAUAGUGCUCCGAUACAAGACGCCCUAUUUCAAAGCAUCCGCGCGGAUUGUGAUGCCCCCUAUCCCGCGCAACGAGACCUGGGUGGUGGGCUGGAUUCAAGCGUGCACCCAGAUGGAAUUUUACAACACAUAUGGAGACGUUGGCAUGUGAGUUCACACCUAUGACACCUGCGUCUCCACCCUCAUGACGGCAGAUAUAUAUAUAUAAAAAAAACAUGUGUGCCAAGCUUGGGGGGGAUCUAGGUCGUAUCUCUGGGUCUCUAGGUCCACGCGUGUGCAUCACACAGAGGAGCAUUUGUGCACCCAGCAGGUUAACUGUGCCUGUCAGCCUCCUUCAUUCAAACGCCCACCGACAGAUUCUGUUCCUGUGACUUUGGCACCCAAAUAGGAAAGCAGCUAUUAAAGGAGCUAAACAACAGUCAAUGCUCUCACACUCAAUAGAAAUGUCCUCCCCCACACCCCCGCCACACACAUACACACAUACAUAAACACACAUAGACUAUGAUCUGGAGGGCAUGUAAGAGGGGGUGUCUAAUCCAGCUGGGUUUAGGAUGGGGUUUAGGUUAGGUUGUAGCAUCAGUUUGGGCUUAAAAGCACAACACAUGGAUGGAUGAGGGCCACCAGAUGACAAAAACUGCUGAGCACAACAAAGAGAUGAUGGUAAUCCUCUCCUGGCACACUCAGCCUCGACAUAUCAUGUACAGCAGACUGUUGUUGUCACACUGUGGGCUCCUUUGAAUACAAGUUUUUAAACACGCUUGUAAGUAUUUUUAAAAACUUUAAUACCUCAGAGAGAUAAGUAUUCACACAAAUUUCAGUCCAAAUGAGAGUUACAGAGUCUAUCACUGGCAUAUCUCAAAAAAGUAAAACAGCAAGACCCUCUAAGUGACUGGCAGCUCACUGUAGAGGAGACCGGGGCUUGUUGUCACACUUUUUACACUCAUAUAUUUCUUGGAAUCAAUACAUCCUAUAUAAACAAAAUGUGUACCAGAUGAAAGACCAAAGUCUCAGGUCUAUAUUUCGUAUUUAUGUCAUUUUCAUAUCUUGUGUCAGUGCAGAGUUAUAAGCAAUCAAAUAAAGAGUGUAAACAUGUGACAUGGUGCCCCACCUUUGGGUAAGUUGUCUCACUACAUGGGGUAAGAUGUCACAGUGGAUUUUGCAGCUUAUAAAACAAGGACAAAAUUGUUGUUGUUCUCAUUUUUUAACUUGAAAGUGAACAUUAAAGUAAAACACAGAAAACGUUCAUCAUUGAGCUAGAAAAAGCCAUUGAAGAAACGUUAACAAAAUAUUAUUAUAUUAAUAAUAUUUAAUAUAAUAAUAUUUAAUAAUAAUAAUAAUAUAAUAUAUGAAGAUCUCUGGAGUUUGAAGAGCUGUCUGACUCUGUGUUUCGGCUGGGGUAAAUGUUUUCCAGUACUGAGCCAAGGUUUGGUAGUUGACAUUAAAGUCCUUUAUUGUACUUCAGAUUGAUUUAUUAGCUAGGAUCACCUGCCUGACUGCCCUCAACAUCACGUUAGGCACUGCACUGCCAUGUUCUGCUUUUCUUUUUAAUUCCUGACCAUGUCUUCUUGCUUACUCCUCUCCUUUAAACCACUCUUUUUUCUGUAAAAAUAAAUUCAAAAUUCCUGUAUGACAGCUGCUGAUAAGCAGACUCUGUCUGUUAAUUUUAAUCCCUUUUAAACAUGUGACAACCAACCCCAAAAUGACUGAGACAUGUUGACCCAAACUACCAUGUUUACUAAUUCUAGCUCUAGAUUAAAGUUAGCUUAAAACAGAACAAUGACUGAGCUAUGUCAGGAUGACUUAAUAUCUCCUCUAACAAGUCCACAUGUAUCACUGCUAGGAUUUUUAUCUGGAAGAAGCUUAUUUUAAAAUAUAUAAAGUAAAAAAAAAUUACUUUGGGUUGUGCAAAAUGGUUAAUUGGCGCUCCAUUCAGCUCACAAUGUGCUCUUCUCUUCUCAGACAGGACACGACCCCUGACCAUGUAAAGGAAUAAAACUAGUAUUCCAUUUUUUAGUUGCGCCCUCUGGUGGCAAAGAUAAUUAAAAUGUGACAACUUACCCAUGUGACAACAAGCCCCGGUCUCCCCUAAGUAUUCACACAAAUUUCAGUCCAAAUGAGCGUUACAGAGUCCAUCAUUGGCAAAUCUGAAAAUAGUGAAACAGCGAGACCCUCUAAGUGACUGACAGCUCACUGUAUUAACUUUUUCUGCCUCUCCCUUCACUCACUACAAACAUCAACACAUAAACAUAUGCCUGUAUGACUAUUCUUGUAGUUAAUAAAGUUAUUUUGAGAGAUUUGGCACCAGAAGUCAAAGUUGGUAUUGAUAGAGAGCGCUUGUUCCUAUUUGGAUAUUGAAAUAGAAAUGUUUGUUUCAAAGUGACUCUGUAUUCUGCAAAUUUUUAAUAACAUUUUGUCAAAUUCAGUCAAUUUAAAACAUCCACAGAGGUGUAGCGCCUUUGUCUUUCCAGGGAAUGAAGUCUCGAAGUGGUUUCCAGUAAGCUACCAGAGCUGAUCAUUAUACUCUAGCAACAGGUUUGGUGUUUGAUAGUUUGACUGAUAAUAUACAACUUAUUAAAGCUUGCUCAGUUAGUACCCAGAAGGAGUCAAGUUCACAUGGGUUUAUCCACUUAUUUAAGUAUUUUAGUUGAUCACCCAGGUGGUAUAAUUCAAAGUCAGGCACUUCUAACUGUCCUGUGAUUGGUUUCUGGAAGAUUGAUAGAUUUUUCCAGGGAGCUUUGUUUUUUCAGUUAAAUUUUGUGAUGAAUGAACUGAGAGAUGUAAGCCAUUGGGAGUUAGGAAGGGUGGAGAUAAAGGAGAACUGACAUUUAUAUUGUUGAUGCUCUUUCAGAUAGUGAAAUGGGUAAAUUGGACCAGCAUGAGAUGAUUGUCUUUCUUUAAUAAAUCCUGUCUGAUCAAAAUGUAUGAAAAAUAGGGUGAUGUUUUCAAUUCUGGUUGACAGAAUUUUAUAAACCUUUUUAUUUCAAUAUUGAUAAGAGAUAAUAGGCUGUAACGGGAUGAACAGUUGGAUUCCUGGCAGAUUUCAAAAGUAUUUUACAGUGGCAGAAAUACAAAUACCGAUUCUACUUUAGAAUACGAGAUCCUGGAGCCCCAUACGAGAAGUGAAAGGUUUGUUGCAAACCAUCAGGCCUCACCUGGAUAGACUAUACUUGGAAAGAAGAAUGAUUCUUAAGGGUUCCUUCAUCGUCUUUGUUCUUAGUCUCAUCUUGUUUGUCUCCUCAGGUCGAGCUGGGAGCUGCCGCAGCUCCGUGAAGGUCUGGUCAGGGCCAUCAGCGACUCCGAUGGGGUGAGCUACCCCUGGUAUGGGAACACAACAGAGACAGUCACAAUAGUGGGCCCCACCUCCAAGCCAUCCCGCUUCAUUGUUAGCAUGAACGACAAUUUUUACCCAAGCGUCACAUGGGCUGUGCCAGUCAGCGAAUCCAACACCCCCUUGCUGACGAACAUUAAAAGGGACCAGAGCUUCACCACUUGGCUGGUGGCAUUAAACACAACAUCGAGGGAAAAGAUCCUGCUGCACACCAUCAAGUGGAGGAUGAGAGUGGAUAUUGCUGUGGAUCCAUCGCUGCCUCUGGGCUCCAGGGCCAGGCUGGUGGGAAGGGUGCACCAGGAUCAGCCACGGGUGCUGACCCGGAUGGAGCCCAUCCCUUCUAAUGCCAUGGGGAGGCCAAACGCCAAUGAUGCCCAGGUUCUGAUGUGGCGGCCGAGGAGAGGACCUCCUCUUGUUGUCAUACCACCCAAGUAGGGGGUUAAAGGUUCUGAUUGGCUGUUUUUCUAUUUUAUGUCAUGGUGGGCCACUUCUCUUAGCAAACAAGAUAAUCAGAAGACAAAAAAAAAAAGACAAAUAAAGAUCUACAAGCAGGCUGAGACUUGAACCGUCAAUGGCACAAAUCCUAGUUGCAGAUUUUUGUGUGUAAAAUCUUAAGGGGACAACUGCCUUAAAUCCCUGAAGCUGCCUUUGACGAUCCAGAGUGUUUGUUGGUCUUUUCUUCUGGUGCUGUUGAGCUGUCGGGUAUUAAGGCCUUCAAUUCAGCCCAGCGCAACUGAGCAUAACUUUGAAAAUCCGCCAUUACUGCUGGGAUGCAAAACAAACCUGUACUGUAGCUACUCAGGCCAAGAAACAUCACAUCCCGUUCAAGAAGGUUCUUCAGCCUUGAUGAUGACAAAGUGCUGGCUUGCUCUGUACUGUACAGUAAAGUGAAGUAUCAGAGUAUACUCAAGGAAAGGUGUUAUUAUUUAUGUGUUAAACAGGACAACACUGCUUGGGGUUUAUACACAGCAGACAAAGAUAAGUCGAAUAUCAGCUGAAAUGUUACUGGGUGAAUUGAGUGAGGUUGGAAAGCAUGUGUGUACCUGUUUGUGGCUGUGUUUUCUAAAAUUGGGCCUAACGGUUGGGUCCAGGCUCGCUGCUUUGUCACACCAGACUGCCUCAAACACACACUUAAACCAACUCAUACAUAUACGUUGCCUCAUGCUAAAGGGAAAGUUUGCUUGUAAAACUGGAAGAUUGUCACCACACACACACAUCCUCAGAUCGACUUUGCAUUUUUACAUAUCAGAGAAAAUGUAGAAACACGGGUUUGGUGAAAUGUAUGUACUCACACAGCUUGUGCAUUGAGGAGGAGCUUAUGUGAAGCCUUGCAGCAGGAUUUUUCCUUUGAAAUCACAAAUGGCCAGUUCAUCCAAGCUGCAGAGCUUCUCCUUCCCUGCCUUUUUGAAAGCCAGUGAUGCCUGUGUUGAUGACAGCCUUUAAAAAAAACAUGGUUUUAUCUUUUACAUGUCCCAUGUGAUCAAAUCUGUAGGGAAAAGAAACAAACUGUACUUUUAUUUGCAGGUAGUAUAACUGGUCCUCUAGUGGUGGAAAGUAGAGGUAUUUAUCAUGUUAUUUGAGAGUAAAGGUCGAUGUGAAAGAAAACUGUAUUUAUGCUCAAAGAGUUGUGUAAAGAAAAAAAAAAAUCAGCUCUUGCAGGAUGUAGCCAUGCAGAUUUUUAGGAUUUUCAAAGUCAAAGUUUUGUCAUAUCUGUCAGUAACCUUUCUGCCCUCCAACCAAUACGAGACAGGUGAAUGAAAUGUCUUCAGUGGUCCCUUUUUGAAAAACAAAAUCUGACCAAACUAUGAGUCUUCAGCUCGGCUAGCAGCUCUCUAAAUCUGUUUUCAGAGCCAGUGAAAUAAAAGAUAAUCACAAACCUGUUUACAUCAACAAACUGAACAUGCUGCUGUUCUGCAAGUCUUAUGCAUAUCACUUUCAUCAUUGUAUGCUAGCAUGCUAACAAUAAUCAGUGGAUCAAUUAGGUAAAUAAACACAGCCAUUCUUUGAGUCUUGCCAGCAGCCUAGCUAAAUAUUUGACAACAAUAUCGCUUUUCAAAUGCAAAAAGCCGAUUUUAAAAACUUAGGACAUUGGGAUAUAAUUGAAAUUGUAGCAACAUAGCUAACAACCAAAACAGCUAAUGUUGACUUUAGCCAAUUAUUAUAGUUCUACCUGCUAAAUAAAAAGUAUUAUGGGCUAGGAAGGGGCUAAAAGGUUUAACUAAGAUCUGGCAUUAAACAAAAAGAUAGGUAUUAAUUUACAGCUCAUAUGUUGGGAAUUCACUGCUAAGCUAUCAUACAUUCAAUCUUAUAACUUCUGUCUGCUAGAAAGUUGUUAGCAUCGGGCGUUGUUUGAUUGUAGCUUGUAGGUUUUCAAAAAACAUUGUGUUAAAAUUUAACGGCCUUUUGUCCUCUAUAUAUAUAUGAAACAGUCUUUGGCAGUCAAACAACCAAGAAACAAUAAUAAUUUAUUUUUUAUCUAGCCUUUAUACCACAUAAAUUAACAUCUGAGUUUAUUCCAACGCUGAGCAUGACUUUAGAGAAAUGGUUUUUGUUUGAGUAGGAAUAGAAACUGUUAAAGGUAAUAAGAUUAAUUAUUUGAAUGUAAUUUGCUAUAGCUAUGAGCACUAAAGUUGGCAGUUCAUUCACUUAUACAAUAUUGGGUGGAGGUAGAAAUCCCAGAGGCAGAUGUCUGGAGACCUGUAGAGAUUAAGCCUAGAUAAUCUACAUGGCUUUAUAUUAUCACGAGCAAGACAAUGAAGAAAGUUAUCUAUUUGCGUUUUGUGUUUUUCUUUCCUUAUUUAGGUGAAGUGACCCUUUAAAGAUUGGUGCAGUAUUUGGUUUACACAUACACUCUCUUGUGCCAUUAUGAUGUUUUACAAAAUGUGUGUUUUUUUUUUUAAUGAAGAUUAUACGUGAAAAUGAAAACUUUAGUGCAGCUUGAAGAAUUUAAGCAUUUCACAAUCAUGAUGACUAUGAAAAUGUUGCUUUGUAUUUCUAGAUCCUCCUUUAUGAUGUUUUAUUUUAUGUUUUUUUUUUAUUCGUACCCACUCAGCACACAGCGGGCCAGUAAAACAGGGUGUGCUAGAGUGCUGAGCUGGUCCAGAUGAGACAGAGAUGAAGAGAGACAGAGGAUGUAACCGCGUCAUUUUACCCAUGCUGCUCAUUACUCACGGUGCAAACCAACCAAGCCUUUACAUACCGUACACAAUCACAGAAACCUAUACAUGCAUUCAGAAGGAUGGUGAUGAUGGGCACCAUGUCCACCUGCAGGAGUGCUCUGUCUGUGUAUUUCCCUGAGAUGCACUCAUAGGAUAGAGGGUGUGCACACUGGACUUUUGAUCAAUAUGCAUAUUGUAGCCACGACACAGGAGCAUUUUGUGGGGCAAGCGGCAGCUGACAAUCAAGGGAAACAUCUGGAGCAGCACUUAAAACGGGAAAAACCAAGCAGAUGACCUUUAUUGGUCUGUGAUAUGAAUGAAUUCAAGCUUUCUUAGGCUGAAACAGAAUGUAAAAUAAAUGUUUACAUUCUCCCGAUUUAAAUAAACUGCAGGGAAAAUAUGACUUUAUUCUCAAUCACAAAGUUGGACAGUCUGUUGCGUGCGUAUUAGGACCUUAAGUGUCUUUUACAGUAACAGAUGUGCCUGAAGAGCAGAGGGUAGAAACAACACAUAUCCCAUUACGAGGAGCCUGUUGUUAAUCCUUAUUGUUCUGCUGUUUGGAUGGAGUCAAAUGCAGUUACUAGUUUCAAAUGACUGGGUAAUGUUGUCUCACAGAGUUGUGAUACAGAGGACACAAAACUCUGGCGUGUUACAGUACUUUCUCUCAGACUGUCUGGAUUUUGCAUGCAGUGUUUUUAAAUUCAUUAAAACAAAUGCCAAAAAUAACACAGUGUGAAUUUAUUCAUUUUAUGUAGUUUGCGCUUCUGUGGUGACAUGCCAAGUAUUAAAUUAGAUAAGGGAGAUGUGUCAAUGUGCAAAAACUUCAUCCUGAACAAAAUUAAGGAUUAACUGAUUAGAAAUGUUUUGUAAAACAGUAAGUUACUGUAACACACUGCAGUUUGAGCUGUACUUGAGUAAGAAUCCACAGUAAGGCCAGAGGCCUUUGGAUUUGGCUGUUAAAAAGAUGAUGUGGGUGUUUUUGUGUGCAUAAGGUCUGGGAAGGACACACACCAGAAAUGCAACACAAAUAACAAAUUCUGAAAAAGGUUUACAUUUUUUGUCUUUUAUAAAAGAUUCACAUAUUGGUCAUAAAAUAAUGAAGUUGUUCAUUAUACCCGCUUUAUCACCAAAAAAGGAAAAACACCUGUCAAAUCAUCUGAUAAGAGAUUACUUUCUAUGGAGAUAAUGCCUCACAGACGUCUGAGCGAGCGAGUGUCAACAAAUCAGCCUGUUCACUCAGCUGGGCCCUAUUCAGUAAUUUGAUUACUUUGCCAGAAAACAUACCAAAGGAUGUUAUAUCAGUGGAUCAUAUCAAUGGAUAUUAUGUGAUACAUUAUCACACAAACACUGGACAAAAUGAACUGGAUGUUUGUCAUCAAUGGCUUUAAGAAGUCAUGUAAUCUCCUUAUAAAUGAAUGAAUAAGUUACACAGACAAUCCAUCCAGGCUCAUAGAUUAAAUGGUGCUAAUAUUUACACCCAAGAGAAACAUUUCAAAUUAUACAAAGUCAUCUUUAUCAUAUUAUGAAAAUUUCCACCCCAAAACCACAACCCUCCAAAGAUAAUCCCUCUUUAAAUCAAGAGCAGUAGUUAUGAAUUGAAUUAUUUAGUUUCAGCAUCUUAUUCAUAAAUCCAGAUUACUAAAUCAAACAAACAGAUUCAGACAGACCAGAGUCCUUCAGUAAAACAGAUCUGUCACUGAGACACAUAUGUUAUACAAGAUGUUUCAGUGACAAUAUGUUGCCUGGCAACAAAAAACGUCUCCAAAAAUAGCUGAACUAAACGCAACGCGAGAGCCGCAAUUAAGGAAACAAUACCUUAUGGUCACUGUGAAUCCUAUAUAACUACUGACAAAAGGCUCCUGCUGCAUUUAGCGGUUCAGUAUUUUACCUUGUGUUGUGCCUCACAGACAGACCCGCCUCCUAAGCUGUGGACAAAUCGCACUUCUCUACAAAGCCCCGACCCCGACCCGGCCCCCAAGCCAACCAAAACCUGGUUGAUUGUGUAUUGUUCACAGAUUAAGAGAGAGUACUGACAAACGGAGGGCUCAGUAAAUGUCCUUUCAGUGCUUGAAGUAGGACAAGAAAGACUCAGAACGAUAAAUACUGCAACUCUGAGGUGAAACAGCUGACAUUGUGGAUUUACUACGCUACAUCUACAGUUUUGUUGCAGAUUUACUGUCUGUCUGUGUCUUCCUUUACUGCUAGGUAUGAUUGAUGUGUGACUGGCAGUCAAAGGGACUAUAAUUUCAAAAAUCACCAGGUAGCAACAAGAAAACUUCUCCACAUCUGGAGCCAUGGCAGCCAGGAUUAGCUCUUCAGCAGUAUUUAUAGGGAAAAAAAAGAGAAACACACAAUCCUGUUUCACCAUGGGUUUCUUUUCUCAUUGGUCACCCUUCUCAGUGGAGGCACUUGAGGUGUGUGAAAACCAAUCACAGCAUUAUUCUUGCUUAUUUCUUGACCUUCUUUUUCAUUCUGCCUGUCCUCAGUUAACAGCCUGCUCGCCUCCUCUCCUACUGCUCUCUAUGUUUGUGAUCACAAUAUAUGAUAAAGACCUUUCCUCCCCUUCUUUCUCUCCAGCCCUCUGUCCUCUUUUACCCCCCUCCACCUCUAGACGGUUCACCAGGACCUCUUCCUGCUGUUGUAGCGGUGUCAGCGGUGAGUGUCCUACGCCCUGCUGGGGUUCGGGGAAGGCUUGCCUUCAUAGCCGUACAGGAAAGUGGCCACAAUGACCAGGACAGCCCCCAGGAAAAAU